AGUAACCGAAUAUGCUGGGAAUUCUCUUACUUCAACGGCUCUUUCAUGCUUUUCUCUUAACUGCCACUCCCUCACGCCAAGCAUAUGCUCUCAAAAUAUUCCAUCCUUUCCCUACUAAAACCACCCCCAACUCAUUUUACUCUCUCUUCAUUUUUACACACACACACACACACAAACACACACACUCUCUCUCUCUCUCUCUCAAAUCAUGGCCUUGGUUUUAUGAGUGUCUAACUAUUGUCAAUUUGAGUUCAAAAUUAGGGAACAAUGAAAUUCGGAAAGAGGUUGAAGCAACAAAUUCAAGAGACCUUGCCCGGGUGGGGUGACAAAUUUUUGUCCUACAAGGAUUUGAAGAAGCUUGUUCGGCUAAUUUCGUCGGCUCCACAGACGUUGAACGGAUCACCGGACUUUGGGAAGGCGGAGGCAGAGUUUGUUUACUUGUUGAACAGUGAGAUUGAGAAAUUUAAUGCUUUUUUCAUGGAGAAAGAAGAGGAUUUCGUUAUCCGGCAUAAGGAAAUACAACAGAGGAUCCAGAGAGUGAUUGAGAAAUUGGAGCCAAAUAGCAGUCAGCCAUCAGAGACGGAUUAUAGAGAGGAGAUGGGAAGGAUCAGAAAAAUAAUCGUCGAUUUUCACGGUGAAAUGGUGCUCCUAGUGAACUAUAGCAACAUUAAUUACACAGGGUUGGCUAAGAUCUUGAAGAAGUAUGACAAGCGAACGGGAGGGCUGUUACGCUUGCCCUUCAUUCAGAAGGUGUUGGAGCAGCCAUUCUUUACUACCGAUCUGAUUUCAAAGCUUGUCAAAGAAUGUGAAAGCACCAUGGAUGUUGUGUUCGGCGUUGACGACGAAGAUAUUAAGAUCCAAGGUGAUAGAGAAGCAAUGACAGUGGUCAGACAAGGAAUCUUCAGGAAUACAGUUGCAGCUCUACUCACCAUGCAAGAAAUUAGAAGAGGAAGCUCUACUUAUAGUCACUUCUCUUUGCCUCCUCUCAGUUUUCCAGAUUCUGCUGAUCUUAUUGAGUCCUUGCAAUUCAACUCACCCAUACCCAUACUUUGAUAUAUAGGAAUUAUGAAUAAAUACAUAUAUUAAUUAAGAACCGUGUAGUUGGUGAAUCACACUGUGUUUUUUUUUUUGGCUAGAGAGUUUAUGCAACAAUUUCAAAUUAUUAUGCCAUUUUCUCUUUCUGCUUCUUUAGAUGGUAAACAAGUGGAUUUGAAAGUUCUAUUAGGUCAAAGGUCUGCUUUGAUACUAAUGAAAUGAUAGGGAGCUACAGUUUUGGUUU